AUGUGGAUUAAAAAAUUCAAAACCGAAAAAGAAAAGGCCUUAACAAAUAAUAAUGAAAAUCAAAAUUUUGAUCAAGAAAUAGACUACACAGAUAGGGAAGAGGAUAUGUCAUAUGAACAUGACGGUGAAAAUAUUGAUAAUAAUCAAAACAUAAAUGAUAAUAAUAAUAAUAAUUAUGAUAUUGAAAAGGAUGAAAUUGAUCAAAAUGAAGUUAAUGAAAAAAUCCAAAAUAUAAUAAAUGAUCUCUCAUCCGAUGAAGAAGAAGGGGAAGUUGUUGAAGAUGAAAUUCCUUAUGAACGUGUUCAGGAAAAAAAUGAGCAAAGUAAAGAAAUAAUAUUAUUAAAUUAUUAUUCUGAAAUAUCCGAAAAUAAAUUAAAUACGUUAUUAAAUAUCUUCGGAAAUGUUAAAAAUAUAUAUACAGAUGAUAAUGAAUGUACUCAUAUAAUUUUUCAUUCUAUAAAAAGUGCAAUUAAUGCAAAAAAAUAUAUUGACAAUUUAAAAAUAAAAAGCCGAAGAAUACAAGUUAUAUAUGGAACAUAUAAAGAUGAUUUAACUGAUAUAAACAAAUUUUCUAAUAUUUUAGAGCAAACAGGAGACACAACUAAUUUAAAUGAAAAUGAUGAAAUAAAUAAAAUAGGUUAUGAUUAUAUGCGUGAUAAAUAUUCAAAAGUUCCAGUCAAAUUAUAUAAAAAUAAAAAUUUUUAUUCUACUAUUAUUUCUGAUCAAGGUCAGAAACAAAACAAAUAUUCUAUUUAUAAAAAUUAUAUUAAUGAAAAUCAAAUUAAUAUAAAAAAUAAUUCUUAUAUUAGAGAUGAUAGCUUUUCAUCACCGGAUAAAAAUAUAUUACUUCCUAACUCGAAAAAUUAUGUUCACAUGAAUACCCAUCGAUCCAGAAAUAAUUAUGACCAAUGUUCAUAUAAUAGUAGUAUAAAUUCUGAACAUGCUAAUAAAAUAAAUAAUAAAGGAGAUGUAUAUCCGCCACCUCCUCCUCCUCCUUUUUUUUCAUACACUGAUAAUAGUGUAAAUAAUAUCCAAAAUAUAAAUAGUUCUAAUUAUACUCUUUACAAUUCUACUAAUAAAAUAAAUAAACAUUAUGAUCCAUUCCCUGCGCAUUCAAUAUAUAUCAAUGAAGAAAAUACAUCUAACAUAAAUGAUAACCAAAUUGAUGAUAACUAUUCGAGUAAUAUAUGGUCAAACAAAUAUAAAACAGAUUUAAAACCAAAUAAUAAAUAUGAUUUAACAGGAAAAGGAUUAUAUAAUAAAAUUAUUCCAUCACCUCCUUAUUUAAAUAAAGAUGAUAAAAGAAAACUUUACAAAAAUAACUUAAAUUCACCAAAUAACAAAUUAAUAAAUCGAGAAAAUUUUACACAUAUAGAUAAUUCGAUUUAUGGUCAAAAUUAUUAUCAUUUAGAUUAUGAUGUUUUAAAUAGUACUAAUUUAAAUAACAGUUUUUUUCAAAAAUCUAAACAAGAUAAUUAUAUGGAUUCAGAAUAUAAUAACAGAAAAAAGGCACGUUCUUGGAAAAAUAAUUUUAACGAGUUUAAAUAUGAUGAAGAAAUACGAGAUUAUCAAUUUGACGAAGAUAAUCCAUUUAAUAUAAAUUCCGAAAAUAUUAUGAUUGAUAAUCCAACUUGGCUUGUUAGAAAAAAUACACCUGUUAUGAAAUGGGAUCAAUCUGCAUCUAUAAAAGAUAAUCAUAUAAAUUAUGUUAAUUCAUUUAUAAAUGGAAAAAUAUACAACAGAUAUUUAUUAAUAACUAACAUCCCACCCCACCUCAAUGAAAAUAACAAAUUGAAAAAUUAUAUUAAUGAAUUGAUUUCAAUUGAAAGUAACAAUGAUCCUUGUAUAGAAGUUUCAAUAUUCAGUUCCGAUCAAGAUAGCGAACAAAUUCUUUUCAAUAAAAGUGACAAAGAAAAAAUUAUUUCGGAAACCCCAAAGGAAGCACCAGAUGCAGCCGAUUCCGAAUCCAAUGGCAGUAAACAAACAGAACCCAUAAAUCAGGAAUCGACCCAAGGAAACAAGAAUCCCGAAGAUAUCAAACAUUUAGAAAAUGGACCAAAUCAAAGCGAAUGGAAUAAAAAUGAACGGGAUCAAAACGAAAAUCAAUUGUUUGCACAUUUGACUUUCAAAACGAUAAAAAAUGCAGUAGAUGCAAAAAAAGAAUUAGAAGAAAAAUUAUUUAGAGUCGCAUUUUCAUCGCCAAAUAAAGCAAACAAUUGUUUAUGGGUUGGAAAUAUUAUGAAAAAUUAUUAUACCCAUACAUUUAGCAUAUUAAAAAAAAUGCUUAAAGAAUUUGGAGAUAUUAUAAAUAUAAAAUUUAUAAUUGAAAAAAAUUGCUUAUUUUUACAAUAUAAAGAAAUUGAAUUUGCAAUUAAAGCUAGAAAUCAUCUAUAUGGCAUGCAAUUGUCAAAUAACAUAUUUUUAAAUAUCGAUUUCUCUGCAUUAGGGGAAUGGGAAGGAAAACAAAAAGCCAGUUUUGCAAAAAAAAAAUUGUUAGAUUUAUUAUUAUAUGAUAAUAAUUUUUUAGAAUAUAAAUUAGAAAAAAAAUAUAAUGAAAAAAAUACAAGUUUUUUUUUUGAUUCAAAGAUUAUGAAAAUAUUAAAAAAAAAUAUGACACAAACAAAUACAAUUUCUGUGGACAGAAACAAAAUAUUUAAAAAUGAUACAACAUCUAAAAAUAAAAUGGAUAAACUUUACAGAGAAAAAAUGGGAAAACGUAUUACAUCUAAUAGACUUUUAGAUAAAAAAAAUAAUAUAUCAUAUAAAAAAUAUAUAGUAAAUAAUAAUAAAACAAACAGUAUAUAUGAUAAAAGUAUAAAAAGGGAUGGAGGGAAAUUAUUUAAAAGAAAAAUUCAUGAAUCUGAAAAAAAUACUAAUGAACAUCUUGAUCGUAAAAAAAAACGAGAUGAAAAAGAUGACGAAAAUUCAAACAAUCUCUAUAAAAAAAAAAAUAAAAAAAAUCAUUCAGAAAUUGAAGAAUCACAAAAUACUAUUUUAUUUAAUUCUGAAGAUAUUCAAAACUCUGAUCAAAAAACAAUUUCAUUUUACAUCAACCAAAAAUAUAAAUGUGAUUUCAAUGUUACUCUUUUCAAAGGGAAUCCAAAGCUUUCCAUAUAUUCCAAGCUUAAUGUAGAAACAAAAAGUGACAUAAAAAAUUUGAAGCACGUUCAAACAACAAGCUCUGAUUUUGCAAUCUGGAAAAUUCACCCAAAUGAAGCUCAGAAAAAAAAGUUUUAUCAUAUUUGUGAUCAUUUUAAUAAAAAAAAAAACAUUCCUGUUAUUUUAACUAAAGAACGUAUGGUUUUCAUAGUUCCCCCUAAAGAUGAAUAUUUAGCAGAUCUUGGGAUAGAAAACCUAGAUGGCAUGUUUGCAUAUGUAUUCGAAACAAAGAAAGCAUAA